AUGCCUCGUCCAGGGAAGAGCUCGUACAGCGACCAGAAGCCGCCCUACUCUUACAUCUCGCUGACCGCUAUGGCCAUCCAGCAUUCGGCUGAGAAGAUGCUGCCCCUGAGCGAUAUCUACAAGUUCAUCAUGGAGCGCUUCCCCUACUACCGAGAGCACACGCAGCGCUGGCAAAACAGUCUGCGCCACAACCUCUCCUUCAAUGACUGCUUCAUCAAGAUCCCGCGGCGGCCCGACCAGCCGGGCAAGGGUAGCUUCUGGGCGCUGCACCCCGACUGCGGCGACAUGUUUGAGAACGGAAGUUUCCUGCGGCGUCGCAAGCGCUUCAAGGUGCUGCGCGCCGACCACCCGCACUUGCACCCGGGGGGCACGGCGGCGGCCAAGGGCGCGGGGGGGACGGGACCUGGGGGGCACCUCCACCCGCACCACCCUCACCACCCUCACCACCACCACCACCAUCACCACCACCAUCCCUCGGCUCACCAUCACCACCACCACCCGCCGCAGCCGCCGCCCCCCCAUAUGGUGCACUAUUUCCACCAGCAGCCGCCAGCUCCCGCCCCGCAGCCCGCGCAGUCGACGCACCUCCAGUCCCAGCAGCAACAGCCGCAGCAACAGCCACAGCCACCUCCGCCGCAACCGCAACCCCAGUCGCACCCAGGCAAGAUGCAGGAGGCGGCAGCUGUGGCGGCGGCCGCAGCAGCGGCUGCGGCCGCUGCAGUGGGCAGCGUGGGCAGGCUGUCCCAGUUCCCCCCCUACGGGCUGGGCUCGGCGGCUGCAGCGGCGGCCGCGGCUGCAGCCUCGUCUUCGGGCUUCAAGCACCCGUUCGCCAUCGAGAACAUCAUUGGAAGGGACUACAAGGGCGUGAUCCAGGCAGGCGGGCUGCCGUUGGCGUCGGUGAUGCAUCAUCUUGGCUACCCGGUACCUAGCCAGCUCAGCAACGUGGUCAGCUCCAUGUGGCCGCACGUCGGGGUCAUGGACUCGGUAGCUGCGGCUGCAGCCGCCGCUGCAGCCGCUGGGGUGCCAGUGGGCCCAGAUUACGGAGCAUUUGGGGUGCCAGUUAAGACCCUGUGCCACCCUCCUGGACAGACUCUGCCUGCAGUACCCGUCCCUAUCAAGCCCACCCCGGCCCUGCCACCUGUAGCGGCUCUGCCACCCGCACUGACGGUCAACGCGCCACCGCCGCCGCCUCCUCCACCCAUCUGUCCUUCUGCUGCAGCCUCACCGGCUUCUACUUUACUGGAGCAAACUCCCCCUAAUUCGGCGGAGAACAAGGGCAGUUCCUUACAUUCUGUCCUGGUGCACUCUUAA